AUGGAAACCGCGUUUAAACAGACGGAAAUCGCGUUUGCUGAUGCUUUGGAGAUAUUGGACAAGCAGAGUAAGAUAGUAGAAGUAUACGAGAUUAGAGACCGCUUUGUGCGCCUUUUAAUUAAAGCAAGUGUUUGGAAGUAUUGCAAAAACUGCGCAAAGGGGUGGCUGGAGGCUCGCAAAUAA